AGGUCUGGUUUUUUUGAAUGAUAGCCAGCGAACGAAUCACUUCCCAGUGCAGCGAUGUGAUUUAUAGAAUGUGCGGCCCCUUUAAGAAGCUAUGACAUCGUAUGCACUGACUGAGGAUGCGCAGAAGAGAGAAGCGCGAACAACAGUUCAAGAGGAGCGAGUUAAUAUUAACUGAUUAAAGUCGAUUUCGGAAUAUUUUCGACGGAUGCCGUAUAUCUCUAGUCUGCUUAAGAGAUGUUCUUAAUCUACAUAGCUUGACAUUAAUCAGCUCUAUUGUUUAAACGCUUAAAAAUGGAGUUUAUUAAAGAGGAGAUUGAAGACAUGAGUGAUCUAGAACCGUUCAGAAUAAAACAUGAAGAUACUGAGGAACAAAUAGAUUGGAUGGAAGAUAAACAGCAAAGAAUUGAACUGAAUGAAUUUGAGGAGGAACAUCACAACUUCAUAACUCAAACAAAAGCCAAAAAGAGACACACCUGCACUCAGUGUGGAAAGAGUUUCACACAAAAAGGAGACCUUAACAAACACAUAAGAAUUCACACUGGAGAAAAACCGUAUACAUGCACUCAGUGUGGAAGGAGUUUCAAUCGUACAACAGCUCUCAGUAAACAUAUGCUAUGUCACUCUGGAGAAAAACCAUUUAACUGCGAUCAGUGUGGUAAAAAGUUUAUUUCGUCAUCAGAUCUAAAAAGACACCUGAAAGUUCAUUCAGAUGAGAAGCCUUAUGUGUGUUCCUUCUGUGGAAAGAGUUUUUCAAGGCUCGAUCAUUGUAAACAGCACCAGAAAACACAUAGUGAAGUAAAAGAUCAUGUCUGCUGUGAGUGUGGGAAGAGCUUUACUAGAGCUGACCAACUGAAACAGCACCAAAAAACUCAUACUGGAGAAAGACCUUACAAGUGCUCAUCUUGUGACCAGAGUUUCUCUCAUUCUGGAAACCUGAAAGAACAUGAGCGAAUUCAUACUGGUGAUAUGCCGUUCCAGUGUGCUCAGUGUGGGAAGAGUUUCAAACAUAAAAAAAGCAUUCCGUAUCAUAAGGAAAAAUGUUGUAAGGUAUUACAGUUGUCUGUUAAAGAGGAGAAUGAAGACAUUAGUGAACCAGAACCAUCCAGGAUAAUUCAUGAACAUACUGAGCAACUAACAGUUUUGUGUCCAAUCUUGAUUCUUUAUUAGUCAGGGAUGUAACUGACGAAUAAUUGCCCGCACACUCUCCAUUAUUAACUGUUAAGAGGAUUUACAGUUAAAGACCAAGUAUGCCAGUAAUGGUGAAUGAAGACCAGGGCUGUGUCUGAAAUCUUGAGUAGGUACUAAUUUUGAAUAAGUAAUUACUUCAUGACUGCUUACUUUUGUCACAUACGGUUUUUAACCUGCCUUAUAGUAGGGAAGUAUGUGAUUUCAGAUGAAGCCCAGGAAUCAGAGAUGCUGAUGGAGCCAGAUGUUAUGAUUGUUCAACCCCUAGAUGGCGGUGUGCACCAGUGGUGUAGGUCACCUGUUCAUAUCACAUGAUAUUUAAACUUCCAAUGGGUGGUAUCAGGAGUGACGUGUGGUUCUUACCAUAAAUCUGUGUGCUUAUAUUUUUCAUUAAAUGGACAGCAUUUAAAACCAA